CGUCUCGUCAAUAAAAAUUCAUUUUUCUAUCUAUAUUCCCCAAAUUCCCCUCUUUUUUUCUCCCUCUCCUCUCUCCAUUAUUAGCUUCCAAACAGGCCAGGCGCAGAACCAGAGCUUGGCCUCCGCUUCCAAUGGCGUCCAUUUCCACACUCUUCACCAAAACCCCGAACCCAUCUCCAUCUCUAUGUCUCCCCAGAACCCCCAAGUCCCAUUUUACCCCCGCCUUCAGGCUCCCCAUUCCUCUCCAUUCCAAGACGAGAACCCACCAGAAGUUACGGGUUUCGUCCGCUUUGAUCGAGCCGGACGGUGGCAAGCUCGUAGAGCUCUUCGUGGAGGAGUCUCUGAGGGAUGUGAAGAAGAGAGAAGCCUUGCGGAUGCCCAGAAUCAAGCUCUCAAGGAUCGAUCUUGAGUGGGUUCAUGUAUUGAGCGAAGGAUGGGCCAGCCCUCUUCGCGGGUUCAUGAGAGAAUCCGAGUUCCUCCAAACUCUUCAUUUCAAUUCGCUCCGACUCGACGACGGCUCCUUCGUCAACAUGUCGGUGCCGAUUGUGUUGGCCAUUGAUGAUGCGGAGAAGCAUCAGAUUGGUGACUCCACCAAGGUCGCUCUCGUUGACUCCAAGGACAAUACGAUUGCGAUUUUAAGCAGUAUUGAGAUCUACAAGCACCACAAAGAAGAAAGGAUAGCCAGAACUUGGGGGACUACUGCCCCUGGUUUGCCGUAUGUGGAUCAAGUGAUAACCAAUUCUGGAAACUGGCUGAUUGGAGGUGACUUGGAGGUUGUUGAGCCAGUCAAGUACAAUGAUGGUCUUGAUCGAUUUCGACUAUCCCCUGCGGAACUCCGUGAAGAAUUCACCAGGCGCAAUGCUGAUGCAGUGUUUGCUUUCCAGCUCAGGAAUCCUGUGCACAAUGGUCAUGCUUUGCUGAUGACUGACACACGGCGUCGGCUUCUUGAGAUGGGCUACAAGAACCCUGUCCUCUUACUUCAUCCAUUAGGAGGCUAUACAAAGGCAGAUGACGUUCCGCUUGGUUGGAGAAUGAAGCAACAUGAGAAGGUGCUUGAAGAUGGGGUUCUUGAUCCAGAGACAACUGUAGUUUCUAUUUUCCCAUCUCCCAUGCACUAUGCUGGUCCAACUGAGGUGCAGUGGCAUGCAAAGGCUCGCAUUAAUGCAGGGGCUAACUUUUACAUUGUUGGUCGGGAUCCAGCAGGCAUGGGCCACCCAGUUGAGAAGAGAGAUUUAUAUGAUGCUGACCAUGGGAAGAAGGUAUUGAGCAUGGCUCCUGGACUGGAACGGCUAAACAUCCUUCCUUUCAAGGUUGCUGCAUAUGAUAAAACUCAGAAUAAAAUGGCAUUCUUUGAUCCCUCAAGGGCUCAAGACUUCCUCUUCAUAUCUGGCACAAAGAUGAGAACUCUAGCGAAGAACAAAGAGAACCCUCCAGACGGAUUUAUGUGCCCGGGUGGUUGGGAAGUGUUGGUGGAAUAUUAUGACAGUUUGGUGCCCAGCAACAACGGCAAAGUCCCGGAAACUGUUCCAGCUUAAAUGGAUUGCUGCCAUCUGAUUGGGAGAAACCUUAAAUCUAUUUAUCUCCAGUCUGCAUCAAACUAUGUUGCCAUCUGAUUUGGGAGAAACUUUAAAAACCUAUUUGUCUUGUGUGUGUGAUUGGUGAAGUUUGGUAAGAAUGGUGUGUGCAGAUCCUGUAAUAAAACCACGAGAGGCAGUGCCACAGAGGCAGACAUAUGCCUCUGUCUGUAAAUUAGAGUGCCCAUGGUUACAUCUUGAAUUGGUGGACCUGGGGCAACUGCCUGCACUGCACUGCACUACACUACUUUGUCAAUGGGCUUUUAUAAAGGACAUAGGUUUUAUGGCUUUUAGAUGAUAAUAAUUGUAAUUUUUCAGUCAUGCAUCAAAGAGAAAAUAGAAAGAAGGCAGCUCAAUCAGUUUGCUUA